AUGGUCAUCGACGAGGAAGACAUUUUUCUCGGCGCCACUACCACGGUUAGCCUCACCAAGGAUAACCCACUAGUUGAAACAAAUACAACUGUGACCAGACGUAAUGAUAUCUUCUCCUCUGCGCUGGCUGGAUCUGGCGACCAGGAAUUUGUCAAGAAUGUCGUUGGAAUAUUCGUUCAGAAUUGCGCGAACACGACUGAAUUGGAUUCAACUUGUAUAGAACUCGACUUGCGAGGAGUUGAAUUUCAAGCCAUGCCUAGUGGCUUACACACUAUCAGUCAGGAUGUAAUAUAUUUUUCGAGAAACCAUUACAAUGGUAUCGCAGCGUUUAAAAACCUUCCAUUGUUCGACCAAUCGAUAGACAGAGGCGCACGAAUGGCCUCUGUUGGUAUCGUCGUUUCUGCAACGUCAGAUACUGGUCCAUGUGGACAGCCAUGGAGGCAUCUUGAAUUUCUAAAAAGUGAAGUCGG